AACAGCUCUUUACAUAAAUAGACGUUCUCACGUUCUGUACUCAAUGGGAACGUUUAUUUACAUUGCGUAAAGAGCUAUUUUCCAACGACGAUGCCAAGCUUGCUGUGUGCGGGUUCACAUAGCUGCGGCCUGCCUUCAAUUUCAAGCCUCUAAGUUUCUGCGCUUAUCCGGUGAACUUCGGCACAGUAAAAUCUGUGGAGAGAAAAAACGUGGAUAAACAUGGCAAGUAAGAAUUUCUAACAUUGCAAUUUCCAACCUAUACAGUGGUGCUACUUAACUAGGUACUGCCCCUUCAAAUAAUGUCGCAUAUGCAUCAUGUGCGCGUGGCGAUUGAGCUAUUCCCCGUUCACUCCACGCGGGCAUCCCCCUUACUACCCCAGUGCAAUGCCUAGAAAAAAUCCGUUCAAAAUCAUCCCCCAACGUAACAAAGGAAGUCAUUCCGCCCCCUCCGAGUCCCCUCAUGUUCCCCAGAUCAAUAUCACUAGUCCCCAGAUACCCCGAGAUCAUGACAACACUCAUAGCGAUCGACACGGGUUGCCGACGGAGCCUUAUCCUGAACCCGAAGUGACCGGCCAGGCCGUGCCUUCUAUUGAAAGAGCUUCAAAGAAAUCGGAAUCUCUUAUGGGUCAUGUAUUCGGGUGGGCCCGUAGGAAAUUGAGCCCUAAUCGCAGCAGGCCUAGUGCUCCCAAUCUCGUUGAACCAUCCAGACCAGCCACGCCUCUCCAGCUGUCCGCUAAUGAUGCAGUACUUCCUUCAUUUCCCCUCGCCCGUGGGGAAAAUAUCGAUAAUCUUCGUGAAACAUCUGGCUCGUAUGCCACACAUGACAAUGGCCUGAGCCUUCAUGCACAAUUGGAACGCGAAGGUAUCAACGUGCCCUCCUUAUUGGAACCCACGAUCACACGAUCGGCCAGCUCAACCAGUGAUCGGGGGGAUAUAAUCAUCGGCGCUACUAGACUCAUUCUCCAAAAUGCGGCCUCCGCCCUUAAGUUUGCCCCGAUUCCGAAUCUUGAUGCAAUCCCGGACUUGCUUUUGAAGUGGCUCGACGUCUACCAGACGGUCGGUGGAAACGACGAAAGUCUUAAAGGACUGGACGAUGACAUCCGAAAAGCCUACGACACCAUUUUUCAGCCACUCGCGCUGUCGACUGACCGUAUACCCGAUGAAGUGGUUUUUUUCAUCAAGGGGUUCCACUCGGCCCUGGAAGCACAAAUAAAAGAGGUCAAUGCACUCAACAAUCAAGGUCCCGUCAAGAGGACGAUCUUAGCAAAAGAAAUCGCCACGAGGAUAAACGAUGUGAAGGCAUGUAUAAAUGAUGCCAUUAACAACUUCUCGGUUCGUUUCCAACCCAGGCAACUACUUUAACGCUGCUUCGUACAAUCGAAGCAUCGGUGCAAUCUGAACUUAAACGGCUUGGGGAAGUCGCGGCCGAGCACACUUACGUGAAAAGCAAGUCAGAAUCCCUUCCAAG